GAUACUUAUAUAACUUACAGAUAAGAGAAAGUUAAAAGGUAAGGUAUGUAAAGUCUCUGAAGGUUUUGCCUCUUAAACUUCACUAUAAUGUAAUGUACUGCAUUCAUAAUUCAGGAUCGUUGCCGACUUUUGGAGAUGGUAUCGUCACAGAAAAACUUUGUAAAACUGGAUUUUCUCAUUGUUGUUCGCGAACAUAUGAAAUCCAAAUAAAGAACUGUGGGACACAUUACGUAUACUGUCUGCCAGCAUCAAACGCCUGUCCCGAGAGAAUCUGCUUUGGUACUAACGGAUCGUGUGAAUAUCCAACUACUAGCACGAUUCCCACCACAACGACUGAAAGCAAAUAUGUUCCAAGCAAAGAUUACAACGAUUUAAAAUCGAAGUACAUCGUUGCCAUUGUGACAGUUGUAUUGCUCGUGGCCGUUAUUUCCGUUGUCACUGUGGUGAUCAUCUUCUACGUUUACAAAAAGAAGAAACUAGAACGAGAGGUGCGACAAAGCAAAGUUACACUUCCUGGUAAUGAAUUCGAGCGAUCAUCGACCCCUGUUGAAAGCAAUACUCCCCCUUUCAUGCAUUUCCAGUCCAUUAAUAAACAGCACUAACAAGGAUACAAAGUUUCACAGCUAAUGGUGACUUGCAGAUGCUCACGAUUUUGUUUUGUAAAUCAUAUCAUUUGUGUAUGUAUUUAGAUAUUUCAUACUUUCACACUGGAAGAAGUAUAAUAUGUAGCGUUUUAGUUGAAUGAUAUACUAUACCGUAAGGUGUAGCGGUCACCCAGCCAAGUGUUGAUCACGCUCGCCGUUGUUUACCGUGUGUGAUCAAGAUAGAAACUCUACCACAUCACUAGAAAAGCUAGUUCACUAGCGACGCAGUAUAAGUUCUCUCUUAUACUGCCCGCUACACUUCCCCUACUCUGGACAGAUUCCUUCUGAUGUUUAGAGUGAGUCCUCUCUGAGUGUUUGACAUCUGCGCAGCAACAGCAUCCGCCGUUCCCGACGAAAACCACCAUCGUUCCCGGACGAAUCCACGUCCGUAUGCAGAGCUCCGAAGAGACUCUACCAGAAGCAGGCCUCCCACCAACCACCAGAGUCACUACGCUGCCACCAAUUUGUAACUUGUAGCUAUCACCAAGCAAAGUACUAAUAACGCUCACCGUUGCUUAACUUGUGUGAUGAAGAGAGACACUCUACCAUAUGACUAGAAAAGCUAUCUCUCUAGCGAGGCAGUCCAAGUUCAACCUUCGACUGCCCGCUACAGUACUGUAUCGUGAGACUAUAUAUACAUGGGUCAUAAUGUUAAACUUAUACGGUACCAAUUUUGAUGCACCAGAUGCGCAUUUAGACAAAUAAUGUCUCUUCAGUGAUGCUCAACCGAAAUCUUUGAAAUCCGAAAUAACUAUGAAGUUUUAGAGCUAAAUAU